CAUUGUACUGUACAAUCUGUUCAUUUGUAGUUUCGUGUAUUUCGUGUAUGUGACCAGGUUAUGUACAACGCUUGGCUUUGGAACUUGGAACGAUCAGUUAAUAAGUAACCAAUCGUUGGAGAACAGGGGGUUAGGUUCGUUUACGAUGCUUCACAGUUAGCUGGCUUCUGAUAAACGAAUAUCUAAAAGUACAGCGGAAACGUGGCAAUUGGACGAUUACAGAAAGCCGUCGUUAUAUGUUUGAUGUUUGAAAAAUGAGUCGCAGAAGAGUUCACGAGGAAGAAGAUGGUUACGAACGCGCAUACAAGAAACGCAGGAGGGUAUCUGAGAAUCAAGAGAUAGAAGAUCGACUCGAAUCUCUUAUUUUAAGAGUAGGAGAGAAGUCUACGUCAUCCUUAGAAAGUAAUCUCGAAGGAUUAGCUUCUGUAUUGGAAGCUGAUCUUGGAUUGUUUCGUAGUAAAAUACUUAGGAUCUUGACAGAAUGUGCAAUCAGAAUGCCAGAGAAGUGUACAAUAUAUACUACUCUUGUUGGAUUACUAAAUGCAAAAAAUUUUAAUUUUGGCGGUGAAUUUGUUGAUUAUAUGGUGAAGAAUUUUAAGGACGCAUUGAAAGCUUGCAAAUGGGAUGUAGCUAGAUACUCGUUAAGAUUUUUGGCUGAUCUAGUAAAUUGCCAUGUUCUGUCUUGUGGGUCAUUAAUGCAGCUGUUUGAUAACAUGUUGGAUGCUGCUAAUGAGGAUGGUGUACCUCAAGUAAGACGAGAUUGGUAUGUAUAUGCUGUAUUGUCAACAUUGCCUUGGGUUGGACGAGAGUUAUAUGAGAAAAAGGAGCAGGAAUUGGACCAUUUGAUGGUGACAAUAGAAAUAUUUUUAAAUAAACGAAGUAAGAAGCAUCAACCAACGUUGAGAAUUUGGUCUAGCGAUACACCUCAUCCUCAAGAAGAGUAUCUAGAUUGUUUGUGGGCUCAAGUGCGGAAGCUUAGACAAGACAAUUGGGCAGAAAAGCAUAUUCCUAGACCUUAUCUAGCAUUCGAUUCGAUACUGUGCGAAGCAUUACAGCAUAAUCUACCAACAAUCAUGCCACCGCCUCAUCACGAAUCUUAUUCUUAUCCUCUACCUACGGUUGUCUUUCGUAUGUUUGACUAUACAGACUGUCCAGUUGAAGGACCUUUAUUACCUGGAAGUCAUGCUAUAGAAAGAUUCCUCAUAGAAGAGCACUUGAGGCAAAUUAUCAAUAAUUAUUUUUUUGAAAGAAAAGAUUGCGCAGCACAGCUGUUGAAUUUCCCAUACAAAGCAAAAAUACCAUUGGACUAUUGCAUAGUGGAAGUUAUAUUUGGUGAGUUAUUCAGACUGCCAGCACCGAAACAUUUAGAAAUUUCUUACGGAUCGAUUUUGAUCGAACUUUGCAAGCUACAACCAUCUACUAUGCCACAAGUGUUAGCGCAAGCGACGGAGAUUUUAUUUCGUCGCAUAGACAGUAUGGCUGCUACUGCCUUCGAUCGUUUUGUGUGGUGGUUCGCUUACCAUUUAAGUAACUUCCAGUUCCGUUGGUCGUGGGAGGAUUGGGAUUCGUGUUUACAACGCGAUCCGGAACAUCCGAGGCCAAAGUUUAUACGUGAAGUGCUCCUUAAAGCUUUACGAUUAUCGUACUAUCAAAGAAUACGUGAUAUGAUGCCAGGGUCAUAUGCUGAAUUGAUUCCAGCACCACCAGAACCAAUAUACAAGUAUACCUCUGAAGGAGCUAGUUCUCUUCCCGGGACAGCAGCAGCUCACGAAUUGGUUGUUUCUAUUAGACGGAAGUGUACACCGGAGGAAGUAUUGAAUGUGUUGAACACAUUGCCAGGUCCUCGAGAAAACGAAGAGACAAAUAAUUUCAGUCCGUUGAAAAUUGAUGUUUUCGUACAGACUUUAUUGAACCUAGGAUCAAAGAGUUUUAGCCAUAGUUUUGCAGCUAUAGGAAAAUUCCAUUAUGUUUUCAAGGUACUUGCUGAAACAGAAGAGGCGCAAAUUUGUAUUUUAAGAAAUAUGUACUCAUUAUGGAAGAAUCAUUAUCAGAUGAUAGUGGUUUUAACCGAUAAACUUUUAAAGACUGGUAUCAUUGAAUGUAGCGCCAUUGCAAACUGGAUAUUUUCUAAAGAAAUGACACCCGAAUUUACCAAAUUGUAUAUUUGGGAAAUACUCCAUUUGACGAUCCGAAAGAAGAACAAACACGUAACCAAGUUGAGCACAGAACUGGCGGAAGCACGGGAGAAACUGAGGAGAGCGGAAAGCAGAUCGGGAUCAUCCUCUGAGGAUGAUGACAACAAUAAAGAUAGAAACAAAGAGAAACCAUCGGAAGAUGUUGUAGAAAGAAUGGAAGAGAAACUAGAGGCGGCGCAGGCUGAUCAGAAGAAUCUGUUUCUUAUCAUUUUCCAACGUUUUAUAAUGAUUUUGUCCGAACAUCUCGUACGUUGCGAUACUGAUGGCAUAGACUACAAUACUCAUUGGUACAAAUGGACCAUAGGAAGAUUACAGCAAGUGUUUCUAACUCAUCACGAACAAGUUCAAAAGUAUUCGUCGACUUUAGAGACUCUCCUGUUUACUCCGGACCUCGAUCCUCAUAUCCUGGACGUGUUCCAUCAGUUUGUUUCUCUUCGAGCGUGAACGACGUUCCGUUCUUUAACGUAAUAAGUAAGUUUGAAAUCUGCAACCUAUGCCAGGGAUCAUGGUAUUUUACGAUACGCAUUAUGUUACGGUACAUUGUUAUAUUAAACAUUUCAACCAAGGGAAGAGAAUUUCUAUUAUAAUAUUAACGACGUUAUAGUUGUGACCGACAGAACACAUAACGUUACAUGUAAAUGUUUAUGCUUUCAUUAUUCUCUUUCCUGGAUACACUUACUACAUGUGUGGUAUGUUCGAAAUCCUUGCUGUUCCAUCAGAUGGACACGGAAAGUGCUUCUUGAGUAAUGCAGGCGCGUUUUGCAUGCACAUAUUCGCUGAUUGCCGCGUAAUCACGCGAAUGCUGCAUUACUUCUUUCGUUUUCGCUAGCUUUAUUAUCAGGACCGUUUUUGUUCCUCUCACAGACAAGCCAAGCUUCGAUAACUCUUUCAGUUCUCUCGUAGUUGCAUUUCAUUCCAACCAGUGGUACUCAUUGCUCUUGUAUUUUAAUGAAGCUUGUGCACAAUAUUUCUAAUCGAUAAGCCGAGCCCCUAAAAUUUGUAGGAAACAGAAUUUAAAACAAAUAAACGAAAUGACACUGAUAAACACACACAUAAACUAUAGAAAUCUCAAAAAAUUCGAAAUCGUUGUUUCGUUAUCGCCUCUCAUCCACUUCUUUUAACUUUCGCAUCCAUAAUUCGCAGUUCAGAGUUUAUUGCUUCCGCUUCAAUUCUUUCUCUUUAUAUAAUUUUUCGUAAACGAGAAUCGAUUCGCUCCGAUCAUUGACACCUUAUGCUAAUAAGCAUAUUAUUCAAGAACAAUUUAUAAACGUUAUCAAAGUAAAAUGAACAUUAUUGUAAUAAAGUAUAGUGUAAAUAAAAGUUUGAAGGUCACAUGCUA